AUGCCGUUUGGAGGGCUGGCUGGUCUGAAGGAGCGCUUCCUCAAACCUGGGGCGGAGGAGGUGAAGUGCACCAUGGGAGACUCCCUGGGGACCCUGCAGAAGAAAAUGGAUGGCAGCAACGUGGAUGAGGAGGAGCCCGUGGAGCUGACGGAGGACGGGCGGCCGGUGGCGGCGGGGAAGCGGCCACCCCCGCUGUGGGACUGCGGCUGCUGCGGCUCCCCAAAGCGCUACAUCAUCGCCAUCCUCAGCGGCCUGGGCUUCUGCAUCUCCUUCGGCAUCCGCUGCAACCUGGGCGUGGCCAUCGUGGAGAUGGUCAACAACAACACUGUGUACAUCAACGGGACCGCCGUCAUUCAGCCAGCGCAGUUUGACUGGGACCCCGAGACGGUGGGCCUGAUCCACGGGUCGUUCUUCUGGGGCUACAUCGUCACUCAGAUCCCAGGGGGGUUCAUCUCCAACAAGCUGGCGGCCAAUCGGGUGUUUGGGGCGGCCAUUUUCCUGACCUCCGUGCUGAACAUGUUCAUCCCCUCCGCUGCGCGGGUGCACUACGGCUGCGUGAUGUUCGUCCGUAUCCUGCAGGGCCUGGUGGAGGGCGUUACCUACCCAGCAUGCCAUGGGAUGUGGAGUAAGUGGGCGCCGCCCCUGGAGCGGAGCCGGUUGGCAACCACGUCCUUCUGUGGGUCCUAUGCAGGGGCAGUGAUAGCCAUGCCUCUGGCUGGUAUCUUGGUGCAGUACGUGGGAUGGUCCUCAGUGUUCUACAUAUACGGAGUAUUUGGGAUCAUAUGGUACUUGUUUUGGCUGUUCCUGGCCUACGAGAGCCCUGCGGUGCAUCCCACCAUCAGCGAGGAGGAGAGGGCCUACAUCGAGACCAGCAUCGGGGAGGGAGUGAGUCUGAUGAGUGCCACUGAGAAGUUCAAGACCCCCUGGAGGCACUUCUUCACGUCCAUGCCGGUUUAUGCCAUCAUUGUGGCCAACUUCUGCCGGAGCUGGACCUUCUACCUGCUGCUCAUCAGCCAGCCCGCCUACUUUGAGGAGGUCUUCGGUUUCCCCAUCAGCAAGGUGGGGAUCCUGUCCGCCGUCCCCCACAUGGUGAUGACCAUCGUCGUCCCCAUCGGCGGCCAGCUCGCCGACUUUCUGCGGAGUCGCAAGAUCCUCUCCACCACCGUGGUGCGCAAGAUCAUGAACUGUGGAGGAUUCGGGAUGGAGGCCACUCUGCUGCUGGUUGUGGGGUUCUCGCACACGAGGGGCAUGGCCAUCUCCUUCCUGGUGCUGGCCGUGGGCUUCAGUGGAUUCGCCAUCUCUGGUUUCAACGUGAACCACCUGGACAUCGCCCCGCGCUACGCCAGCAUCCUGAUGGGAAUAUCGAACGGAGUGGGAACGCUGUCCGGCAUGGUGUGUCCCCUCAUCGUGGGAGCGCUCACCAAACACAAGACCCGGUUGGAGUGGCAGAACGUGUUCCUGAUCGCGUCCAUGGUCCACUACACGGGGGUGAUCUUCUACGCCAUCUUCGCGUCGGGCGAGAAGCAGGACUGGGCCGACCCUGAGAGCACCAGCGAGGAUAAGUGCGGCCUGGUGGACCAGGACGAGCUGGCGGAGCAGACGGAGCUGACCGCCGACAGCGGCCUCGCCCCGGCCAAGAAGACGUCCUACGGGGCCACCACGGAGAACCCCGCCGGCCGCAAGCAGGGAUGGCGGAACAGGAGAGGGGUCACCAUGCAGGAGGAGGAGGACGCCUCGUACCAUCAGGAGAACGGAAGCUUCUAG